CCCGGGCGGGCGGUACGCGGGGUCCGGAAGGCAGCGGGAGCGGCAUGGCGGCGGCGGCGGUGGGGCGGCGGCUCUUCACCCUGAGGCUACCUGCCCAGCAUGGUGCCCGGGGAUACCGAGCAGCACUCUGCAUGCAUCUGGCACAGCCCCUGCUCGUGCAAGAUCUCCCGGCACCUCAGCUGCAGCCAUGCCAGGUCCGUGUGCGUGUCCAUUACUGCGGGUUAAAUUUUGCUGAUAUCUUGGCCUGCCAGGGGUUAUACCAGGAGAAACACACUCCUCCGUUCACCCCUGGAAUGGAGUUUUCAGGGACUGUAAUGGAGACAGGAGAAAACGUCAGUGCUGUGAAGGAGGGUCACAGGGUGAUCGGUGUGUCUGGCAUCAGCGCUAUGGCAGAGGAGUGCAUUGUCGAUGAGAAGCCCAUUGAAUCCCACAUACAGGCACUAUGGCAGAUCCCUGACAGCGUGUCCAGUGAGGAUGCAGCAGUGCUGCCCGUUGCUUAUGGCACAGCCUGGCUUGCUCUGCAGCACCGAGCACAUCUGCAGCCACGGGAAACAGUGCUAGUGACAGCAGGAGCUGGAGCCACUGGCCUUGCCAUCAUUGAUCUGGCUGUCAGCGUGUUCCAGGCAAAGGUGAUAGCAGCAGCUGGCAGUGACCCCAAGUGCCAGCUGGUCCUGGCAAAUGGGGCAAGCCAUGCAGUGAACUACAGCCAGAACAGUCUCAGGGAGCAGGUGACAGCACUCACAGGUGGCAGAGGGGUCAACGUGGCCAUCGAUGCUGUUGGUGGGGACAUCUUCAAGGCUGCCCUGCAGAGUCUGGCUUGGGAGGGCAGGAUUGUGGUGAUGGGUUUUGCUGGAGGGAAAAUCCCCUCAAUUCCUGCCAACCUGCUGCUCCUGAAGAACGUGUCAGCCAUGGGAGUGUACUGGGGUCGGUACCAGCAGGAGGACUUCCCCCUUUUCUCCUCUGCCAUGUCCUCCCUUCUUCAGUAUUGCCAGGAGAGAAAGAUCCAUCCACACAUUGGAGCGGUCUUCAAGCUGGAAGAGGUGAAUGAAGCCUUCAACCAUGUGCUUCAGCGCAAGUCCACUGGAAAGGUCAUCAUCUCCAUGAAGUAAAAGGGCUGUGAGGGAUUUCUUGCAUGGCUGUGCAUAUGGUAGACUGGAGGACCCUCAGCCGACCUUGCGCAUGUCCUGCAUCAUCAUAUGUCUAUAAGAGCACUAAUUCUCACAAGGCUCUCUGACCUUCCAAAAUCAUCAAUAAAUUUAUAUGGCACUCCA